AUUCUGAAUUUCUGAGGAGGUUUCGCCAAAUUCAUUAUCAUUUUAAACAAAUUGGUAGUAAAUUGACCAAUAUACCUGUCAUUUUUGUUAUAUAAGUAGAACAGAUUGCUUUGGGUGAAAUUUUGACAUAGUUUAAUAGUUCGGCUACCUAAAUUUAUUUAACCUCAGUUUUUUGUAGCACAGCCUUCAAUCAUUUAAAUUUUGUGAUUUCCCAGCCUCAGAAAAGUACUUAAGAAAUCUAUACUUUUGUAGUAACAUAAGUUUUUUCCGUGAAAAUGAGUUUCGAAAACAAAGUGGUACUAGUAACCGGUGCAAGCGCCGGUAUCGGCAAAGCCAUAGCGUUACUAUUCGCUGAGCGCGGCGCGCGACUUGCAAUCGUCGGUCGUAACGCGCAGAAGUUGCGCGCAGUCGCAGACGCGUGCGCAGUCGUAUUCGCAAGCGCAGGGCGGCCGCUGGAGAUUGUAGCGGAUCUGGCGACGGACGAGGGGGGCGAGAGGACGGCGAGGGAGACAGUGAACCAUUACGGAAGACUAGACGUCCUGAUAAACAAUGCAGGAGUGGGCGCACGGACGGACCUUGAGCGGACCGACAUGGCAAUAUUUGAUGAGGUGUUCAACACGAACGUAAGAGGCGUUUACAACCUCACGCGGCUAUUGGCACCAGAGCUUAUCAAAACCAAGGGGAACAUCGUCAACAUUUCCAGCAUAUCUGGUACUGUAGUGGCGGUUGGGACCCUGCCUUAUGGCAUGUCGAAGGCAGCCCUGGACCACUUCACAAAACUGAUCGCCCUCGAGUUGGCUCCAAAAGGCGUUAGAGUCAACACCGUGAGCCCUGGAGUCACGGUUAGUGACUUCGUCCAACGCUUAACCGGCAUCAGCGACGAGGCAUACUCCGAGUUCCUAAACAACAUGGCCAAAGGCAUCCCAAUGCGUCGCGUUUGUCAGCCAGAGCACAUAGCCAAGAUGGUGGCGUUUUUGGCCAGCGAGGACAGUGAACUGGUCACGGGGACUAUAGUUAAAGUCGACGGCGGCGCUGAAUUGCACGCCGAUUUCAGUCAUAUGACGAAACAGACACAGAAAUGAAAGAAAACAAUUCGUGGCUUCUUCCAAAUGUAUGUCAGUUACCAUUAUGCGGUUAUCCUAUGUGACGCUAAUGUGAAAACUGCCUGAGGCAAUAGGUAUCUAGUUCAUCACGACGUAUAAAUGACCGUAUAUAAUGUAUUAUAUGUUAUGUAUAUGUGCCAAAAUAUAUAGUGAAAUAUAUACCCGCGCGAAA